UGGUUGUUUAUCUCUGAUAUGCAGUAGAAAUAAUGCAGGGAGAUACAUUGUGUUUGUGUAAUGUGUAGUGCUACAAUGUUUAUGUAAGUGUGUGUUUUACAAACAUUAUGCAGUGGUGUGGUUUCGGUACGCUGUCUUUUAAAGCAUGUGUCACAUUUUGGAGUUGGACAUGAAUCAGAACCCCCUGAAGUAUAGGUGGGAUGUCAAUUGGGAAACCUCUCUAAGAAUAUAUUUCUAGUAUGAAGGAAGAAAUUUCUUUCUUAUAAGAUGAUCAGCUAGUUGGAGUUUUUACCUCGUUCACUUUGAGAGGUCCUAGGUCCCAGGGGCUGCAAAAGAUCUAGCAUCAGCAGUCAAAACAGCUCUAGCAUGCAGCAACAGGGGAAGCCACGGUUUCUUAGAUAUCAUCAAGGAAGUGUUCGUGGUGUUGCCUUCAGUCCCAGGCAGUGCACAUUUGUUUCACACGAUGUGGAAGUUAAUGUGGCGGUAAUCUCUCGAAUGUCGAGGAACAAUAUAGUAAAGCGCAUUAAAGACAAACCGAUUGGUUGUCACUCCGCAUGUGGGAAUACUUGACGGAAAAUGUUUCCACAAGAAAGAAAUUUUUAUACAUAUCAGGCUGCAGGCACCAGUUGUAACUGGAAACUGAGACACAUUACAGAAUGCAAGGAAAUUCAAAUACCAAUUUAUUUUUCUUGUUUGGUGCAUUCAUCAUACAGAACCGAUGCUGGGACCGCUACUUGUUUUGCUCUGGUGCCUGUGAUGGGAAAGUGAAUUUAUAUUCUGCAUUGCGCAUGGAGCUACUUAUGUGCUACCAGAUCACAACAAUGACAUUAGCUCGGAAUGUCAAUGCUGUCCGUUUCACCUCAGAUGGCUCCAGGAUCUUGGCUGCUACUACAGCUCGGCGGCUGGCUGUGGUGGAUGUAGAACGUGGUGAGCAGUUGGUUGCAUAUGACAAUUGUGCCUUCAGUGGACGUGAUCGCACAGGCCUAGCUGCAGAUCCAGCAUGUCCUCACAUGGCUGUUCUUGUCAAUGUUAAUGGAAGGGGCCUCACACUUCUUGACUUACGCAUGCCUCUUCCUUUGGAUUUUGUGUAUGAUUUACAUGGGAGUGUGGUGAGAGACCUUACAUUUCUGCAUACCUCUUGGCCAUGGGUGCGUGGCCAGCAAAGUGCCCUGGUGACUGCUGCUGCAGAGGGUACCAUCAAGGUGUCAACACUUGAUGGGCGAGUGCUACAUUCAUAUCAGGCAGGACACAGAGUAAAUUCUGUGAGUCCUACACCAGAACCUUUCAACCUUGCUGCUGAAGAUGGCUUUUACAGUGUGAUAAUGACAGGCGGCGAUGUAGUUUCUGCAUAUGUGCCUGAUGCAGGUAUUCAAGAAAUUUUAAAAGAACAUAAAGACCAACAAAUUUGGAAACUCAGGUACACAUCAAAUGGAAGCCAGUUAUUUACAGUCUGUGAAGGUGGCCUGGUGAGACGUUAUCGUCGUUACCCAGAUCAUCACGAGUUCCUAGGUGAAGUUUAUCAGCACAAGGGGGAUAUCCAAGACAUGGACAUUUCACCAUAUGAUGAAUAUUUAAUUACAGCAUCUAAGGACAGAUCAGUUGGUGUAUUGCGCCUGGGUGCUCCAAACCAUGGUUGGACAGAAUACAGUGAACUGACAUGAUAGUAAAUGCAUGUUGCCAGAUUGUUUUCAUACAUGUGCUACAAAACAGAACAUUUUUUGUGUGACUGUAACAUACAGACUUAAUGUUUGAAAAUUACUGGCAGUAUUUAGUGGUGAAUGAGGCUACCUCUUUUCAGAAGACAGGACUCUAGAGAAAGUGGAAUCAGUUGCCGGUCCAUGUCAAGCAGCCAAUAUUAUCACAGAAAACUGGUUUUAUACAAAAUUUAUGAAGAUAGAGGCUUAGUGGAAAAGAAAUUUGUGACAUAGAAAUUGUCAAUUUUUUAGAGAGAAUUUUCUAUUCAGAGACUGGUUAUACGGUGAUAGACAGUCUGUUACUGUGACACAGUAAUAGUACUCCAGUAACUUUUUUUACUGGUUUUUCAUAUCUUUCAUUCAGUCUCAUGCAUCAUAUAAAAUAUUUAUACGUGGAACAAACAGCGUUGUACCUCAUUUUACGUACACUGUUUGAUACAGAGAAAUUUAUUAUAUUUUGCAGCUCAAUAUGCAAAUUCCUUAUCAUUGGUCUUUAGUGUCACAAGUUUUGUAUUUAAGAAAAUUGUGUGCAAUAUUUUCUCAUCAUUUGCUGCUAGUUUAUUGAUGCACUGACAUUUAAUCUCGUCCAUCAUUUAUAUCAGGUUUUUAGUACCUAUUCAUAUGAAUUACCUAUUGUAUAAUGACUUGGCAUACAAGCACCUUCAGUGAUUUUAUGUGUAAUUUAUGUUGUUUUCUGUCCAUUGGGCGAAUGUGGAAGAAAAUUACAUUCCACAGUAUUUAUCAGAAUUUGUGUGUCUACUAAUUAAAGAGAGAUUGUGUGUGUGUGUGUGUGUGUGUGUGUGUGUGUGUGUGUGUGUAUGUGUGUGUGUGUGUUUUAAUUGUCAGCUGUUGAUUAAUAAACUAUAACAUGGCUUAGUUA